AUGGUGGAUAAAUUGAAUGAAUAUCAGGGCGUUAGCGGUAGAUUGCAUUCUACGAGAGAUAAGUGUAAGGAAAAAUGGACUCAAUGGAAGGAGGAACAUCCUCAAGGUUUGCGAGGGGCUGUGAGGGAGGCUCUGUUUGCUAUACCUAAUUCUGACGAUGCCCCUGAUAGAGUUGUACGGGAAGGAGAAUACAGCGAUCUGUUCAGGAGAAAAAAUAGGCUAGAAUUAACCCGAAUUUCUGCAGCAGUAAUGGGAAUAGAAUUUGCAUAUGCUGGAGAAACAGCAUUCGUUUCUCCCACCCUUCUUCAAAUUGGAGUGCCACAUCAGCAAAUGACUCUGGUAUGGGCACUUUCUCCAUUAAUAGGCUUCUUCAUGACUCCACUUCUUGGUUCUCUUAGCGAUAGAUGCAAAUCAAAAUACGGAAGACGGAGACCCUUCAUUGUUUUGAUGUCAAUUGGAGUAUUUUUGGGUUUAAUUCUUGUACCAAAUGGAGAAGAUAUCGGUUAUGCCUUUGGAGACGAGGGUUUCGUGAACAAAACUGCUGUACCAUCGGUGUUGGGACCGCGAAGUUCAGUCCUUGAGACGGAAGGGACUAAUCAUCAUCCAUGGGGAGUGUUGUUCACAGUAUUAGGGACAGUGCUACUGGAUUUCGACGCUGAUGCAUGCCAAAGCCCCGCACGAGCAUAUCUCCUCGAUGUGACAGUUCCAGAGGAUCACGCUAAAGGUCUGAGUACUUUCACCGUAAUGGCCGGUCUCGGCGGUUUCAUGGGAUACGCCCUCGGUGGUAUUAAUUGGGACGAAACAUCGCUUGGAGCGUUAUUUGGUGGCCAUGUCAGAGCUGUGUUUUUCCUCAUCACAAUAAUUUUCAUCGUGUGUGUAUCGGCUACUAUAACUAGUUUUAAGGAAAUACCGCUGUCAGAAAUCAAAGAAACAGAAGAAUAUAAUAAAUUAAAUGAUAGAGAUGAAGAAGAAAAUCAGUUUAGAGAAGAGCAAGAUGGACUGAAGAAGGAAAAUGCUUCGUAUGGAUCAUUAAAUCAACCUGAUGAACCAGUUGAUGAAAUUUCUCCUGACCCAAAUCAACCUACUCUGACUAUACCAGAAGGGCACGGCGAGCCUUUGUCUCUGAAACACUACCUCAUAUCCAUUAUACAGAUGCCAAAAUCUUUACGUGUAGUCUGCCUUACAAAUCUCUUCUGCUGGAUGGCUCACGUCUGCUACUCUUUGUACUUCACCGAUUUCGUCGGAGAGUCUGUUUUCGGUGGCAAUCCGGCUGCGCCUGUGGGUAGUGAAAGUCGAACUAAUUAUGAAGCUGGUGUUCGAUUCGGUUGCUGGGGCAUGGCUAUGUACUCUCUUUCCUGUGCUUGCUAUUCGACAGUUAUAGAAAAACUCAUCAAGAAACUGGGGGCAAAAAAGGUGUACGUCGGGGGACUUUGCACAUACAGUUGUGGCAUGUUUAUGCUGUGUUUGCUGAGGGCGAGGGCUGCUGUUUUAUUGUUCAGUUGGACAGCUGGCAUUAUGUACUCAACACUCUUCACCAUGCCAUACCUACUGGUUGCACAUUACCACGCCACUGGCAUGUGGGACAGCGAAGGCGGUGGUAGCGGCCAGCAGCGUGGUAUAGGAACAGACGUAGCGGUGGUCAGCAGCUGUGUAUUCGUGGCACAACUCCUCAUCUCCGUCAUCAUGGGCUUCGCUGUCAAGGUCACUGGUUCUACAGCAGCCGUGGUCGCUGUGGCAGCCACAUUAGCAGCAACAGCCGCUUUUACUGCUACCAAGAUUACGUAUCUUGAUCUAUAA